AUCGCCUAUCCCCUCCCUCCCUUCUCCGGCCGUCGGGCCUUGCUCCUUCAGCCGCGGCCCCCAGGCGCCCCCCGCACCAGGCCGAGGCUGAGCCCAUUUCUUGGCCUCUCGCCUCCAGGAGCGCCUUUUCCUGACCUUUCCGAGGCUCCCCGUCUCUUCUUCCCAUUUCUGUUACCCCGUUUCCUCAACCCUUGCCUGAAAUACCUCCAAGUAUCUCCAUUAUUUUUCAGGAGCACAUUUGGUUUCUUAAGCGUCAGCUUACACAGUGCCGUUAUGAAAAAGUAUCUAUUUGUGUGGAAGUUACUUACGGCUUUAACUUUUUCAAAAUGAUUCCUUCACAGUAGUGCAUAUGUUGUGACUAGGCAGAGUUCGUCUUUGGCAUCCUCUCCACCUUUCCUGUGGACUGUGAAGUACUCCAACGCUCUCCCCCACUUCUGGUCCCUUCAUCCUUCUUCCCCAGGAAAAAAAAAAUUACUCACUUGAAAUAAUGUAAGUUCUUCCCCAAAGACUAAAUGACUUAAAAGUUUAAUAUAUUACUUCUGCCAGGGGCAUAUGACGCAUUAUACAAGCAACACACACACCCCAGAAAGGAGCCAUAGAAUGUUCAAACAGCCAGUUCACUGUGGGAGUAUUUUAGGAUGUGGGAAAUGUUCUCAGCGUUUCCAUGUGUAUUGCCUAGAGUGGCGGCUUUGCCUUUCACAUUAAUACAAAUUCUGUCUUUUCUACAAUACAUGUUCUAACCACCACCCAAUCCCACUUCUUUUUUACACUUAUCGUCAUCCUGUUCCUUCCUUACCCUGUUGCCUGUGGUCUUGUCCCUUUCCACUUCUCAUCACAUCACUUCCUUCUCUUGGCUUCUGAUAUAUUAUUUACUUUCUUUCAAAAACAUAAACUGAUUUGCUGCCUUUCAAUAAACUAUUAGGUUUUCCCUUUGUCUUGGCUGCCAGGAAACGCAGAAUCAAUAUUUUUCUUAGAUUAGGUUUUUCUCUCCCCUUUCCUUUUCCUUCAUAGUAUAAAUUGCUUCAAAUUCUUUUCAGAAGUAUAUAUAACACAGAGAAAUCGAAUGUUUCCAAUAUCUCUACUCUGUGAUGUUCUUCUGAUUUCCCCUCUUUGCAUCUUUGCACCUUUUCUAGCCGCCUCUCCUCCUCGAGGUAAAACAUGUUUCUCUUUGUGAUGCCUGCUCUCUUUCACAAAGUACUUUCCUCAUUUGUCCUAUUUCUUCUUGUUCUCCCCUCUGUGACUUGCAAUGUUCUCUGUUACUCUGAUUCAGCCAUGAAACAUGUACACUCUUCCCCCACUUGGGUUCCCGUCUUUCAUAAUGUUCUUUUGCUCACUUUCAACAUUUGGCCCAUUUUUUCCACCCUUGUUCCCUGUUUUGUCUUUCCUCUUCUUCUAUCUCUUUCCACAUGUGCUGAUUACAUUCAUUUUGCUUAAAGUGGACCAGAGAAAAAUAUUAUUUCUGUUGUUCGUCUUCUGUUAUUUACUUCGCUAUUCUUAAUAGUGACUAUUGCAAAAUUAGCAGUGUUUUUAGAACUUUGAGAUGUUUGUGUGGUUUCCACCAGCUUCCACCCCAGAGGAAUUCACAAAUGAAUCACCGUUUACUUUAUUAUUCUAAUUAACGCGUGCUCUUCGGCUGGGGAUUCAUUAGUACCGUUGUUAAUCUGUCUUCAGUAUGCCAUCAACAAACCAUUGAGGGGGUUGACUUGAACUAGUUAUUCUUUUUGGCUCGUAGGCUGUGUGUGGAAAAAGUUUAUUAUUUCUUCCAUUUACAUUCUAAAUAUUAAUAUUUAUUUUGCGUUGUCACAUUCUAUUUUAGCUUUUUAUAAUGUCUCAAUUAGUUUUAAUAGGCUGAAUAGACUGAAAAGUUUUAAAAGGAAACAUUUGGACUUUGAUGUUCAGUAAUUUAUUUUCCAUAUCCUCGCCCGGUUAAGAUUUACAAGGCUGUGAUGGUCCCAAUGAGUACUGAGGGCCUAUCACGCAAUUAGCCUCAGACUUCAAAAGCCCUUGUGAGCUUCAGGGAGGUAGUGCAGACCAGUUGUUUAGAAUACUGCCUUUGGAAUGAAAGAUGUGUGUAAAGUCUUUUGUUAGUUAUGAGGUUUUGAGCAAGUUACUUCGCCUCUCUCUGUUUCAUCUGUAAUAUGGGAAUUAUAAUGAUACCUGUCUCAUAGGAGAGUUGUAAGAAUUAAAUGAGAUCCUAUAUGUAAAAUACUUAGCAUCAUAUAUUAUUUACACUGUUACAAUACAAAUAAUUGGCCUAUUUUUAUCUGCUAACUACAGUUCAUUAAAUGAUUUAAUCAAUUUAGCCUUCAUUGAACAAACAUUCAUUGAAUGAUUGCUAUGUGGGAAGCACUCUGACUAAAUAGGGCAGAAGAAGUGUCUGGGCCCAUGAUAUGUGUCUGAUCCAUGAAAACCACUUUUUGCCAGUAACUUACUGUGGGUAAUAAUGCCUACUCAUUGGAUAGUUAUGAAGAUUAAACUUACUGAGAAACUCUAUGUUAAAGUUCCUAAUAUAGUGUCUGGUACAGAGUAGGCUCUCAAAAUAUUAUAGAAUUAAUCCUUAGUAGUGACAGUCGUAAUAGAAGAAGAAGAGAACAUGAUCAUGGACAUACGUGGCCUCUGCUCUCAAGGUGAGAUAAGAAUGAGGAAAUUGAUGGGGUCCUGAGAGAGGAUGUCGUGGCUGGGGCACUUCACCAAUUGGGGCGCUCAGGCUCUGGGACCGAGCAGGUCUACCUCAAUCUAACUUUAUCAGGAUAUGAUUUAAUUGACGUUAGCAUUCUCUGUGGAUAUGUUCACCUACAGAAGUUGGAUCUUUCAGUAAAUAAAAUUGAAGAUUUGUCUUGUGUGAGUUGUAUGCCUUAUCUUCUAGAACUUAAUGCUUCUCAAAAUAAACUGACUACAUUCUUCAAUUUCAAGCCACCCAAAAAUCUCAAGAAGGUGGAUUUUUCCCGCAACCAAAUAUCUGAAAUGUGUGAUUUGUCGGCAUACCAGGCUCUCACUAAACUAAUUUUGGACAGCAAUGAGAUAGAAGAAAUCAGUGGACUCGAGCUGUGCAACAAUCUAACUCACCUUAGUUUGGCCCAAAACAAAAUCACAACAAUUACUGGCUUAGGCGUGUUACCAAUCAAAAUACUUUGUCUGAGCAAUAACCAGAUUAAGAAGAUCACAGGAUUGGAGGAACUGAAAGCCCUGCAGAUCGUGGAUCUGUCCUGCAAUCAGAUCAGUAGCCUCCAAGGCUUAGAGAAUCAUGACUUCUUGGAGGUGAUCAACCUGGAGGAUAAUAAGAUUGCUGAGCUGGGUGAAAUAGAAUAUAUUGAAAAUCUACCCCUCCUUCGAGUUCUCAGUCUUCUAGGGAAUCCAAUUCAGGAAAAAUCUGAAUAUUGGUACUUCGUAAUUUUUAUGCUGCUACGAUUAACAGAAUUAGAUCAGAAGAAGAUUAAAGUGGAAGAAAAGGUUUCAGCAGUGAAUAAAUAUGACCCUCCCCCAGAAGUGGUGGCAGCCCAGGAUCACCUGACCCAUGUUGUCAACAGCGUGAUGCAGCCACAGAGGAUCUUUGACAGCACUCUUCCCAGUCUGGAUGCCCCUUACCCCAUGUUGAUAUUAGUCGGUCCUCAGGCUUGUGGGAAACGAGAACUUGCUCACCGCCUCUGCAGAGAGUUUAACACUUACUUCAGAUAUGGGGCCUGUCACACCACAAGACCGCCUUACUUUGGAGAAGGGGAUCGAGUUGAUUAUCAUUUUAUUUCUCAAGAAGUUUUCGAUGAAAUGCUAAACAUGGGGAAAUUCAUUCUAACAUUUAAUUAUGGUAAUCACAAUUAUGGAUUAAAUAGGGACACCGUAGAAGGUAUCGCAAGAGAUGGUUUAGCAAGCUGUAUUCAUAUGGAAAUAGAAGGUGUAAGAAGUUUGAAAUGUUCCUAUUUUGAGCCUCGCUAUAUCCUGGUGGUACCCAUGGACAAGAAAAAUUAUGAGGGAUACUUGCGGAGGAAAGGAUUAUUUAGUCGUGUAGAGAUUGAAUUUGCUGUCUCCAGGGUGGACCUUUAUGUUAAAAUUAAUCAGAAAUUUCCAGGAUAUUUUGAUGCGGUAAUCAAUGCAGAUGAUCUGGAUGUUGCCUACCAAAAACUGAGUCAGCUCAUUAGAGAAUACCUCGGACUGUCUGAGGAAACUGCCAAGGCUCUGGCUCCAACUGCAGCAGGAGCUCCCUCUAGCAAGAAGACUCCCUCUGGGGUUCCAGCACACCUGGUUCCAUCCCCGAGGCGCUUGGCAAAACUGCAAGCAGAUGGCCAGAUAACAGAGCAUCUCUCUGGAAUGCAGAUUCAUGCAAAGAUCCCUGAAAACCAGAACCUAGCUCCCUCCCAGAAUCAAGAGCUGACUCAGGAGGGAGCAACCCAUCAAAAGGAGCUUUCUCCCAAUAGCCAUGUCACUGCUGAGCCUCCUCCCCAGCCCAGUUCAUCAGCACUUGGUAUUCCCCAGCAGGCCCAAGACUUAUCCCCAAACCAGAAAGAAGGGGAUGUUCAACAAUCAGAUCUUCCUUCAAAAAUAUUAGCCACAAAUCUCCCUGAAAAUGAGGCCCGGACAUCUGAGGUGAAAGCAGGUGAAGUAGGGCAGCCUCCCACCACUCCUUCCCAAGGGCCUCCUCAGCACCCUGAUGCCCCUCCAGCCCACAGCCCUCAGCCGGACCAGGAUGAGGAAUCGGGGGAGGCCAAGGUAACCCCUAGGGACCCUCCCCUAUCUGAACCUCCACAGGGGCCUGGCCCAGCAUCCCUCAGCCCCCAGAGAACCCAGGGUGAGGAAACUGAGCCAGCCAAUCUGCCACCCUACAGUUCCCAUCAUGAUCCUCCAAGAGAUCCUUCUCAGCCUGAUGGGGCCAAGGCCCUCGGACCAUCUCUGGGAGAGUCUCAACAACCUCUGGAGGAGGGAACCUCCAAAGCAGAAGUUGUCCGGGUCAGCACUCCUUACCCAGAAUUGCCACAACCCCAAGACUCAACAAAUACCAAACAGACCCAAGACAAGGAAGACGCAGUGGCUUUGCUUCCCAGAAGCCGGCUGGCUCCCACCAGGCUGCCCCAGCCUCGCGUCCUCGCUCCCCUCCAGAGUAGGAGGCCUACACCCAAACUCCUCUCCCCCAGCAGGGAGGAGGCUCUAGGAACGGCCUCGGGUCAAAUCAUGACUCCCUCUCCCAGGCCUCCGCCAGCUCAGGACGGAGAUCCCAGUAGACUUCCUCCCAUCAGCCCUCCCCAGUCCCAACCACCACAGAAUCUGAGUUCCCGUCCCGACCACAGUCCUCGGCAAGGCCAGGAGGAGAAAGUCAGGGAGGUGAAGCUCCCUCCAAUCAGUCCACCCGUCCAGGAGCAGGCACCGCAGCCCGCCGCCGCUCCACCCCAGGAAGAGGAGGCCCAGGUAGUCAGGCUCCCUCGCAUUCCCACUCCCUUUGCAAAGCAGCAGCUGCCUCAGAACAUGGCAGCUCAUGAUGAUUCGAGGCCUGCAAAGGAAAGGCAAGCUCCAGAAGCAGACCUCUCCUCUAGCGAGAAGAUUCCAGAUAUGCAGCCCUCACCCCAAAACCAAGAGCCAGUGCAGCAGGUGGGGGCUAAAAAAAAAAAACUCCCUUCUCAAAGAGAGACAGCUAAAGGACCACCACAUCUGAAAAAGGCACCUCCUGGAAGUCAUCAGACAGCCUGGCGACCGGAAGCCCAGAGUAAGCUGACCACCCCACAAGUACCUGACCAUCCUAACCCCAGCCCUCCUCAGAGCCCUGGGGGGAACCAGAGGAGAAAAGUCCAUACACCAGAAGUUCGUGAACCACCCCACACUGAAUCAUUGCCUGAAGAUCCCCAAGUACAGGAAGAGAAAAGGGAAAAAGUACAUUAUUCCAGGAAAAAGGCCCAUACCAAGCUCCCCUCAAAUGACCUGGCUCAAAAGGUAGCUGUGUCCAAAAAAGGACCAUCUGUGAAAAGAGAGAAUUCUGAAGGAUUAUCUCAAGAAAAUAAAACUGCCCUCAGUGGUGAUCAACCAACUCAAGAGGGUCCACCCCAGCACAGGAGGCCUCUCCAGAGGGCAAAGGCCUCAGCAGAGUCAGGAGUGGAUGGUCCUGCUCUCGGGGAGCGUCCAAGGAGAAGAGAACAGGUUCCCAAACGGGGAAGGUCUCAGAAGAGAGAGACUGCUUUGGAUCCCCCAGAGCGGGAUGGUGUGGCCCCCACCCAGCAGCCUGUCAAAGAGACGCAAGUCCAUAAAGGGACCAGUCAAAUCAGAGAGAGCUCUGUCCAAAGGGACAAUGCUUCCAGGCAGCAAACCGAAGAGAAAUACACCCCGAAACACGGGGGAGUACCACAGGACAAAAGUCCUGCCACACCUCAGAAUCAAGUGUCUGCUGAGGAGCAGGACAGUCGGACAGGAAGACUGCGGGCUAGGGGCAGUCAGAGCACCAAGGUUUAAGCCAUCCCUGGGGUCCCCAGGUCAUUAACAUCUAUGCCUCCCUGAAGCCGUGCUGUCACAGAAUGGAAAGCUAUGGCCAGGGCACUAUGAGUCUAUACAUCAGUUUCCCUCUGCAACUCCAAGUCCGCGCAGGUGGAGGGGUCUGCCAGCGCUGUCCAGCCACCAUUCUUAGAAGGCCGCCAGUCUUUGCACUUCUCUGCCUCCUUUGUGUCUUGCCGUUGCAGCCUGGAAGAACAGCCCCUGUAGUGAGAUGCAUCAGAAAGUAAUUUCCCCUCUGCCAACUGAUAGAGCCAGUCUUAAAGGUUGGCAUCAGCAAGAAGUCUUUGUCUUCAAAUUCGCACAGAUUCCACCAUGAGUUCCAAAUCUGGCUGAAGCAACGCUAUUGAGUUUUGUUCUAUUCAUUAGGAAAAUUCACUUCUAGAUUGGAAAAUUCUCUCAUUAUCUUGCAUUAUCGAGGGGUCCAUAAGCUAAAAGAAUCCUGAGAAAGGAAGCCUUUGCAGUUUCUGGGGCUUGGUCUCUCCCACAGAGAUUCCAAACCCACAGUUAAUUUGUGAGAACCUUCUGAAGGGAAGAGGACAGGUUCUUUGUUCGUGUGACACUGAUCGAACACUUCAGAUUCGCGAUGGUGUAUGUUGCCUGAAACUUACUUUUGUUUUAAAUAUAUGUCAAAAUGAAUACCUUCCUUCUCUCUGAAUAGGAACCUCAUGUAAAUUAGCCCAUGCCUUCAUUAUGCCAAACCAUCUGGUUGAAUUUGCUAAACGAAUUAGUGGGGGGGAACAUUCAGGUGAAUCAGUUUUUCAUUUAUCUAUUUGUACUGUCAGGAUUCUUUUGCUGACAAGUGACGGGAGUCCAACCUGAGCCAGCUUGUGUGAAUCUAUUCGGAGGAAGUGAAAUAUCUCACACAGCUAAACUAUGGGGAGGGCAGAGGUGAGGCAGAGCCUCCGAGAGAUUGGGGACCAGUUAUUGAACAUAACCUGGACUCUCUUCAUCUCCAGUAUUCUCGUCAUCUCCCGGACUGUCAUCGUCUCCUGGACACUUGUCAUCUCCAGGACUCUCAUCAUUUCUCAUCUCUGUUUCUUUCUCCAUGUUGGCUUCGUUCUCUUUGAUAGAAAUGACUAUGUAUCAGUUUCUGUACAUGUGGCAGGGAACAUGGUCACCAACUCCUCUCGAGUUUUACAUCUGGCUUUACAUCUGGCAGCUCUCACCACUAGAAAGGGGUUGACUCGGAUGUUCCUUGAUCCUAAGAUAAAAAAAUUCAGGGGAAGACUCUGCUUGGCCUGGCUUGGGUCAGAUGCUCAUUCUUAAACCAGUCUUCUCUGGCCGGGGGCCAGGGUCACAUAGACAUACCCACUGGGCCUACUCCUAGAGUGUAUGGAGGCUGCAUACCCAGAAAAGAGAAUAAUUGUGAGCAAAGUAGCCAAUCCAAGAUUUGACUCUUAAAAAGUUAUAUUUAUUGAGUGCAUCUGUGUAAACAGCAGCAUGCUAAGCUAUAUUUGGCAUCCUGUACUUAAAAACUUGAUGGCCAAAUGCCAAUAUAAAUAUGUUUUAUCAUACAUGAAAGGUAUGUGUCCACAAAAUUGUUUGUAUGUCAAAUGUUAUUUCGCGUGUCGUAGAGGAAAUUGAUAUUUUAAAGAGUCAGUAUGCAGGAAUCCUCUUGUAAAUGAAGAGACUAUGUUAUACUAAUAAUUACCUGCUAAUUUAUCUGUUUUGUCUAAGAUGAAAGUAGUAAAGUGAAUUUUUAACAUAUCAUAAUUUAUUUUUAUUUAGUUAGUUUGUCAUCCAACAAACAUUAAUUGAGCACUUCCUAUGUGCCAGACUUUGAUAGUUGCCAGACAGUAAGAUGAUGAGGAUGCUUCAAGGGAGACAGAUGAGAGGUGUCAUUACAACACCAUGUGAUUAGGACAAAUGGAGGCCCCACAGAAUGCUAGGCUAUGUUUAGCAUCAAAUAGAUAAGAAAACCCGUUUGUUAACUUUUCCAGAAUGUCAUAAAAGAUACCAAGGAAGGACACUGAAUUCAGCUGGCAAUGUGAGAAUUGGAUCAGAAAACAUUUUCAAGAUGAAGCCAUCCUUCAGCUAAGUCAUCAAGCUUGCAGGAUUAGUCAGCUGACUGAUGGGAGAGAAGGGAAGGUUUCUUAGAAGAGUGAACAGCAUACGCCUAACCAUGGAGGCAAGAGCAGGCAUAGCAUCUUCUAAGGAUUCAAAUGUCAGGAGAGCAGUAGGCAUAUGUAGAGCCAAAGGGCCUUUUGUGCUAUGCUAAUGAACUUGGAAACUUGAUCUUCUAACAAUGGGGAGCCAUUGAAUAGUUAAUUUUUUUGUCUUAGAAGCGUGUGUCUAGAAUUAGUAUAGAGAUAAAUUUAAGGAGGGCAAUACAGGAGCCAGGAAGAAUGGCUGGGAAACUAUUGCCUUAGUCCUGACAAGAUGGUAACGCCUGAAGUAAGACACUGUGGCAGGAAUGGACAGAUUCAAGAAAUAUUUGGAUUGGAUGUGGGAGAAGGCAGACUGUGAAAGAGGGGAAGAAAAUAAGGAUAACCACCUGUUUUAUAUGAGCUGUGUAUGGGGCAUUUUAGAGGUGCCAUCCUUCAGAUAGGUGAAGAACUUUAGAAAUUUACUUGGUUUCCUCCUUGACCAACUUGUUCUGAGGCUCCUUAAGGCAUUGGGGGGUGCGUUUUCAUCAGGGUUCAUACAGGAAGUGAGAAGCCAAAUUUCCAUCCACUUGCCUUGAAGGAAGCUCUGGCUCCUUUCUCUGGGGUCCAUGAUGGUAAGGUGUUGGUCUGUGUUUGUGUUUUUGUUUUGGUGGUAUAAAUGUCUCAGAUUCAGUGCAACUGCACAAUGUUUUGUCCGUGGUCCGAGGAAAGGAUUAAAAAGAUCAUCAACUCCUCUCUAGUGAGAGAGGUUUUUAUUGCUAUUAUUGAUUUUCUUGGUAUGAGGGAAACUUCUACUUUUUAAUUGUAUAAUAUAAAUAUUUAAAAAUUGUCAUUUUCCAUCUGCAUUUGCAAACAAAGUUCAUAUAGCUACCAUUUGGUUUGUUUCUCAGCAAACUGAUCUUUACGAGGAAGAAAAAACCCAUUGUGGACUUCAGUCACUCUACUAGGUAAUACAAUUUUCAGCUUUUUAGUAGAAGUCUGGUGCAUAGUAUUCAGAUCAACAGAGAUAAUAGUUCCACUGGGCAUGAGAGCCUUCUUCAAAUAUUUAAAGAGCUAAAUCAAUUAUUUUAGAGCCUAAAAGAUAAUUUGACAAAGGGCAUGAUUGGGUAAUUCACAAAAGAAGAAAUAAAAAUGGCCAGUAAAUAUGUCAAAAAGUAUUUAACCUCACUUAAGUUAAAAGAGAAUAGACUCUUUGGGGGCACCAAACUGGCAAAGAUGGAAAACAAAUUAAUGCCUCUUCUUGGUGAGGCUAAGGGUAAAUACACUUUCUGUGUCAUCAGAAAGUAAAUUGGUACAACUUUUCUGGGGAUAGUUUUACAGAUAUCUAUCAAAGCCUUAAAACUUUGCAUAUUUUUAACCUAGUAUUCUAAUCCAAGAAUUAUCAUAAGGAAAUAAUUUAUGUACAAGAUGUUCAUAUUAAUGUUAUUAUAAUAAAAUCUGGAAAUAAUCUAGCCACCUAAUGGGAUUUUAAAAAUAAGUUGUGGAAUGGGGCUGGCCCCGUGGCCGAGCGGUUAAGUUCGCGCGCUCUGCUGCAGG